AAGCUGAGUGAAUCAGAACCAAUAUUAGAAUAUCUCUCAGAUAAAUAAUUGAAUUUAUUAAUCAAUAAAAAAACAUCUCAGAUCGUUUCUGCGCUUUAUUUUGAAAGUUAGAGCCGGAAGCGGAAUCCUCCUGAGAUCAAAGUCUGUCAUUGAGGUGACGUCAGUUCUGCUGGACCGAGGCAGAAGUUAAAGUGAAGAUGCCGUUCAUCGACCUGCAGAGCAACCUGGCCUCCGGCUGCUUCUCUGAGGAUUUCCUCCGGAGCUUCUGCUCCAUCUGCGCCGCGGCUCUAAACAAGCCGGAGGAGAGGAUGAACGUGGUGGUCCAUCCGGGUCUGCCCAUGCUGAUGAACGGCUCCUGCUCGCCAUGCGUGGUGCUGUCCGUGUUGGCCAUCUCUGUGACGGACAGCGCCGAGAAGAACAAGGAGCACAGCGCCAAGAUCUUCAGCUUCCUGACCAAAGAGCUGGGUCUGACUGAGGACAGGAUUGUGAUCCAGUUCCAUGAGCUGCAGCCUCACCAGGUCGGGAAGAAGGGAACCGUGAUGAGCUUCCUGUGAAGAACGGCGGUCCAAACGGCAGAACACCUGGACCCUGACCUCAUUCCACAGACGCACCGAUCUGAGCGGACUGGGCCCAAACGUUCUGUUAGCUGAUGUUCAACCUUCCUCCAGAACCAGGUGGUUCUGAUUC